CACAAGGAAGAAGAAAAAGAACCUCCCGUCGCCUACGUUUCCCACAAUUCCUAGCGGCCAUUCUUAAUCAGUGCGUCCUCUUCAGGAAAGAGACGUUCGUUUGGUUGGUGACGGUCGUUCUUCUGCUGGUGGGGAUGUCCGUUCCAUCCACAGACACCGCCAGUCGGAGGAGAAGACCUCCUGAAUACACGUCUGAUCCCUCAUUGGAGCAAGAUCCUCAGACCUGUUGCAUUCAUGGAGCGAGCCGUGACCGACUAUGUGGAGCUCCUAGCGUCUGUGAUGAAAGCUGGGAAAUGGUCCAAAACAAACGAACCAUCAGAGCAGAGAACGAAGUGGAAGCCAACAAACUGGUUAACAACUACAGGUUUGGUUUCAGAAAAUGGAAGAGCCAUGUGACUGAGCGUCCGUUUGAAGGUCGAUCAGAUGUUGUGAAAGAGCUCUACUCCGAACUGAACGUCAUGAAGCCACGCACAGGUCAUCUCCUCACAUGUGGAAAUAUCACCUAUGUGUUUCUCUUUGGUUGGUGGGUCUCCCUGGUGUACUUCAUGGUCUGCAUUCUUAUGUUCAUUACUAUCAUAGGAGCCCCAUAUGGUAAACUUUGCUGGAGGUUGUGCUGCUAUUUCAUCUGGCCAUUUGGCAAGUCAGUAAGCGAGCCGUUUAGUUUUGACUCACUCUGUGAAAUGUCACUGGCAGGUGUGUUUGCCCCCACAAUGUUCUCAAAGGCUUAUGGGAGUCUGGUGUGCGAUGCCUGCACCAACGCCACCGGAGGAAACCAAACAAGCAACAGCAGCGGCCCGUUUGUCUGCCACAACUGCCACUAUGACCUGAACAAUGGCACAUUAUUCCAGAGCCAUGUUGAGCCACUGGUGUACUCAGUUUCUGUGCUCUUGCCAGUUGCCUACAUCAUUGGUCUAAUUUUCACUCUGAAGACACACUCACACAUUUAUGACAUCCAGGUUGGAGGACAGGUGUUUGGCCACCAUGGGGCAGUGGUCCACUGGUCACGGUGGAGGUCUCUGCUGAUCCUCAUCAUGGCGACCGUGCUCAUGUCAGUCUGUGCUGAUCUGGCCACCAAGCACAUCCAACCGAUACUCAGCCAACCUAACAUCUCUCAGUAUUUCAUAGGAGUAACAGUUGUUGCCAUGGUUCCUGAGAUCCCAGAGAUAGUUAAUGGGAUCCAGUUUGCUCUCCAAAACAACAUCAGCCUUAGCUUGGAGGUGGGAGGUUGUAUCGCGGUGCAGGUCUGCAUGCUCCAAAUUCCAGUUCUGGUCUUAUUUAAUGCCUUCUAUGAUGUGGGCUUUGUGCUCUUAUUUAGUGACCUGCACCUAUGGGCCAGCAUAUUCAGCGUAAUUCUCGUCAACUACAUCUUCAUGGAUGGAAAGUCUGACUAUUUUCAGGGUACGGCUCUGGUGAUCGUCUACCUCAUCUUACUGGCUCUGUAUUACUUUGCUCCAUCUCCAGCAGGUUGCUAAUUAGGGAACUGUAACCUUUCAUCCCAAUGCACUGCUUUCAUUAAUCUUCUAAACCCGCUCAGGGCUUUGAACUUGCUUUUGAGAAGGCGGGGGUCAGGCUGAAGUAGCAGGGCACCUUAUAAACAACUAACCUAUCAAGGGGCAUUCGCUGGUAAUUCCACAUCCCUGCCGAAGACGUGUCAAAACACAGUGUAUGAAUUGUGACUUAUCGCUGCAUUUUGUUGUGCGUUUGUUAGUAAGGACAAAGCUAAUGAUCAUUCCACUGAGUCUGGUCUGCUUGAGGUUUUCUCCUAUAACCAUAAAACACCUGUGGGAGUUUUUCUCCUUACCAGUGUUGCUAGUAUACUUCAUGUGGGUAAGGCUUCAACUAUGCUUGUGUACUAUGUCUUGUGGCGAUUUGGGUGCUCCUGUUUUUGCUUGAGGUAAUCACGGCAGAUGUGAAUGUUGAUUGUGCACCUUGCCCCAUCUGCCAAGCUCUAGUGCAACAAAACAUCACUCAUGAACAGAAAUCAUGAUCACGGUGUGGUGAUGAAAUAUAGUUUUGUUCCACUAGAAGUAACAUGUUUUUCCCCUGUCAGAUCAGCAGUGUCUUGACCUGUUUACUUCCUACAUGUCAAGCUGUGGUAGAUGCGCAACACUGAAUUUGACACCUGCAGGCAUUGUAUACAUCCCGUACAUGUUUGUAAGUUCUAAGAUGAUUAGAGUGCACACGCAGGAAACAUUAAGUCCUUUGGCAGAAACAUCUCCUAUAAGCAGGGGUCACCGACCCUAUUCAAGAAGCUCACCUGCUCUACACGUUAUCCAGCUCUCCUGCUCUGCCCACUGCUAAACUAAUAUGUACUUGGCCACUGACGAUCUAAGAAACACUGGACUUGACUACUCAGCUGUGGUUGCAGCAGGUACAUAUGGGAAACAUGCAGAGCAGGUGACCUCCAGGGCUAGGGUUGGUGAUCCCUGCUUAACAACACUUAAUUAUACACAUAGGUUGAUCCUGUAGUUAUGUUUGUGUAAUACAUAAAACUUAAUUUUGUGAUGCUUCAAAAAAAACAAAACCCUACUAUAGUUACAGAGUUCAUGUUUUGGAUGAGCCAGGACUAUAGCACCACCUAAUGUAGUGUACAAUGAUCAGACUAUAAGAAAAAGCUGCACCAUGCAUGGUAACUUCCCCUGUAUAGUUUUUGUACACCAUGGUGUAUAUUUUUACUGUUCCAGCAGGGGUGGUGGCCAAGUGGUUAAUGCGCUUGGUUUCAGUUCAGAAGGCUCCGGGUUCAAAUCCCACCCCUGCCACAUUUCUCCAUGUAAUGUGGAGUUGGGUCAGGAAGGGCAUCCGGCGUAAAACCUGUGCCAAUUCAACAUGCAGAUCCACUUUGGCUUUGCUGUGGCGACCCCGAAUGCAAACAAGGGAGCAGCCGAAGGGACUCUUUUUCUUUUUUUUACUGUUCCAAGUUGUAGAGCCUAAUUGUCCACAUUUUAAAGCAUUUUUUUGUAUACUUUAAUACUAUAAUGAAAAGUGAAAAAAAUUGUAUGAUUUAUGCAGGGAUAUUCAAUUCUGUCAAGUAACAGUUUAAAAAAUUGCAUGGCUGACUGUGCUCAGAAAAAUUCAAUGAGACCUGUGAAUACAAUAUCGUGAAAAACCUGUGGCCAGUGUUUUUAUUGAUUGUACACUUCAGAAUCACGAAAUAUGUACAUUACAGCUUUUUCUUUAUUUCCAACCAUGUAAAGUGACAUGUACACCACACUGACAUGCAAUAUACCGCCAAACUUUAACAUCAAAAUGAUGCAAAUAUAAAUAUAUUCUGAUCUUAAGCAAGGCAUUGCAUGCAAAUAAACCAGCCUGUCACAUCACAACUGAAUAUAAAUAAGGCUGUUUUAUGUCAAAUUCUGACAGGACAACAAAUCUGAGGUUCUGAAUGUGAAAACUGGCGCUGCGGUGCAGCACAUGCAAUGUGAAUAUUGUAAAUAUUUUCCCGGCACAGUUUCGCUUAAUAUAUCUUUAAAGGCUAUACAGACUGUUUAUAUUUAAAUCCAAGCCAGACAAAAUGUAAGCUUGUACACACAGGCAAGGAAGGUCUUACAGGGGAGGGAGCACCCAUCACAAUGAUUUAAACAUGCCAAAGUCCAGUUUAAGAACAAUGACUGAACCGGUUUUCCAUUGUGAUGGGGAAACUGAUCACAGUAUCCAACAUCCUGAGAAUGACGUGUACUUUUACAUCUUAAAAACGUCAACAAGCCCUCAUCUGACAUAAAGGUUACACAGCACAGACCUCUGUAGACACUCGAUCUCCCUCCCCCCCACCCCAAAAAGUGACAAUAUAAAAAUCAGAUUUAAAAUAGAAUUUAGAAUAUGUGCAAAAAUGACAAGUCACAUAGGACAACAAAACUACUUGCUACAAGUUUGGCCAAAGUUCAGAGACAAAACAUCACAGUAAUUAAAAUAAAUACAGUAACUGAAAGUGGCCUUUUUUUAAAUGAACCUCAAGCAGCAGGAUUUCCUGGCAGGCUGAGCAGCCUUGAGGGUUAA